CAUGUACUAUCAUUCCCGCGCCGCAUAAUCACUAUUCGAUAGUAGCCACUCUGUAUAUUCAUCGCCGCCAUCUCCGCGACUUUCGACAACAAGCGGAAUAAAGCAGAAUAUUUCAGAGCGGCGUAUUUACUUCCGUUGCUUCUCGCCUUCUGUGGAUAGAAGUCGAAGAUCAUCUUACGAGAAAUGGCUUAUAACUUUCCUGGAGUACCAGCAACCGCUAUGCCACCCAUGGGCAUGGGACCAAUAGGUCCGCUGGGUCCAAUAGCAGGACCACAGAGCUUUAUGGAACUAGCGGGUCAAGGUUUUCCACCGUUACCACCACCACCCAUACCACUACCUGGCAUGAACGAUUCGCCCCUGGAAUUUAGUACGAAUAAGAAUCAGCCUCCGGUAGUGCGAGAAACAUCGGAUGAUAGCAAUGAUAGAAGAAGCGACAAAAAUGACAAUAGAAGAGAUCGAGAGAACAGGGAUAGCCGUGAAGUCCGAGAUAACAACAGAAGAUCAAGAGGAGAACGCAGCGACAGACGCGACAGGGAUCGUGACAGGAGGGAGGAGAGAAGCGACCGAGAUCGAAGGGACGAUCGAAGAACCGAAGAAAGAAAUAACUCAAAUUCUUCAAAGAAUAAUAACAAUCAUGCGAAUAAUUCUAACAACAACAACAACAACAACGAAGUUUUGUCGUCGACAAAUACAAAUAACGCACCGAGCAUAGGCACGCAGAUGGAACCUGCUACAGGUGUUUGGGGAAUGGGAGUGGGUUAUCCUAUGAUGGGUAUGGGUCCCAUGGGUCCAAUGGCACCCAUGAUGGGUGAGAUGGCAUUGGGUCCACAUAUGAGUCAUACGCACGGUUACAAUCCAAUGGGCAUGGGUAUGAUGUCACACGAUGGCAGUAUGAUAGGUGCUCAGAUAUUGGGUGCUGAGCAAAUUAUGACAGAUGCAGCGCAAAUAAUGACCGCGAGCUUACCACCGCCACCGAUGACGCCUCAGGGUACCAAAGAAAUCAUACAUUGUAAAAGUUGUGUAUUGUUUCCACCAAAUCCGAAUGCUCCACCACCUACCACGCGAGAGAGACCACCAGGAUGUAGGACAAUUUUUGUGGGAGGGUUGCCGGAAAACAUUACUGAAGCUAUAAUACAGGAAAUAUUUGAACGAUGUGGAGAGAUAACUACUUUGCGUCUUUCUAAGAAGAACUUUUGUCAUAUACGCUUUGUUUUAGAAGCUAGUGUUGAUGCAGCAAUUUAUUUAUCAGGUUAUAGAGUAAGAAUAGGAUCGAGUGGAGAACCUGCAAAUACCGGUAGACUUCAUGUAGAUUUUGCUCAGGCUAGAGAUGACCAAUAUGAAUGGGAAUGCAGACAACGACAGUUACAAAGGGAGCAACGUCAUAGAGAAAGAGUAGAAAAGGAGAGACAAAGACCACCAUCGAGUCCGCCUCCAGUAGUACAUUAUACGGAUCAUGAGGCAUCGAAUAUCUGCGAAAAAAUUAAGCAAGAUGAUACGUUUAUGAAAGCAGUACAAAUUGUUGUAACAUGGUUAGAACGAGGAGAUUGCAUCAAACGUAACGCCAAUAUCUUCUACUCCAUGAUACAAUCAACAAACUCUCAUGUGCGACGACUCCUAACGGAGAAAGCUGUUUACGAGGAGGAGCUGCAAAAAGCCAAAGAAUUAAUGAAAGGAAGAAUGCAAGGACUUCUCAUACAAUUCAGUCAGAUCGAACGAGUCUUUACUGCGGCCAGCCACAAGAAAGUCUGGGAUCACUUCACUAAGGCGCAGAGGAAGAACAUCGAAAUGUGGAAGAAACAAUCCUCGGAAAUAAAAGCGGUACAGCUAGAAGAUAGUCUAAUUGAAGGCGAAGGUGAGAUGGAUGUAUCGGAUUCAGAGGAGGAACCUCAACGUAAGAAAACACGCAAUCAAUUGGAUGGUAACCAAGAGGACAUCGAGAGACUGCAGAGUCUCAAAGAAGAAAAUGACAGUCUGAGAUGCCAGUUGGAAGCGUACAAGAAUGAAGUCGAUCUUUUGAAAUCGGAAACAAAAGCUGAGAUAGAAGGAAAGGAGAAACAAAUGAAGAUGCUGCAGCAAACACUGAAAGGUAUGCAAGAACAAUUGAUGCAGUCACAUAAGCAGCAAGUGCAGGACGAUCAGAAGAUCAAGGACUUGACCGUCAAGCUGAAUGCCACAAAGAAGGAAGAGCCUAGAGAAAGUGAAAUUAUUACACUUGACAAGGAUGACGAUAUUAGCGAGGAGCCACGCACACCGAAGCAACAUAUUAUCACCUCUAAUUUUGUGCAAGUCACCCAGAAGGAUGCUAAACUUAUUGGACUUAUAGCGACAUUUCUGCAUAUCCAUCCGUUUGGUGCAAGCGUGGAUUAUUUGUGGUCCUAUCUGCAGAAAAUGGAGCCCGGCAUUAAACCAAGUGAAGUUGAAGUUUUAAUGCAACGUUUUCCACAGGUCUUCAAACAAGAAUUGUUCGGCAUCGGUGCAAAUAUGGAGAGACGUUGGCAAUUUUCAGGUUUUAAUGUUUAUCGCAAUCAUUGAAUCUAGACGAUUGAAUGUAAAAAUAACUGUGAAAGUACAUUUGUCUUGUUGUUCGUCUCUUUCUCUUUCGUUAUUGUCCGCGAGUGCAAUCAAGAUCUGUCCGUGACAAGCGGAUGAA